AUGAGCGCAGAGCAUUCGACGCCGGAGACAUUCCAAAGUGCGGUGCUGCAGAGUCCUACCGGCGUGUUGGUCGCAUACGCCGACACGUACUUUGGCAAGCGUCUGUUUCUUCAGCUUCAUCAGGAAAACCAUUCCCGCAAGGCGGGAAAAGGCUACAAACUGUUCGCGUGCACCUGGGAAAAGGAUGGGGUGCAGGCGUUAGUCCAUGAGAGAGAUGCUGAAACCCACAGGAGGGGGGCGGAAUCGAAUGGAACUGCAGCCACUUUGAAUAACUCUCCUGGUGACGCAAAGGGUUCAACGAGCGGAAUGACAACGGCCCAGUUGUCAUCAUCGCCUGUGUAUGAUCAGGACAUCACCCCAGUACGUGUUUUCUGGCGGGGCGACGCGAGUGCAAUGCGUCAUGCGAUUCUUCAAGUGGAUCACAUCGUGAUGGAGAUGCGCCAGGCACAGGAUGUGUUUGACAUGAUGCAUGUGCUUAACUCAAAGGAGCUGCUGAAGCGAAAACGUGUCAUUGUUAUUUCCUCAUUGUUGACAUGGUACGCGACACCACCGAUCCAGAUGGAUUUCAUGGAUGGGAAGGACGGGAAAAACGAUACCAAAAAUGGAGGCAAUUUUGAAGAGGAAGAGGAGGAAGUGGAAGAAGAACCUGAAGAAGAGCCGCAACCGCUUGAUCAACGCGAAGUGGACGCCAUUCUUGGGCAGUUUCACUUUCUUGGAGGAGGUGAGGAGGACGACAACAAUAAUGACGACAAUGAGAAUGAGCAAGAACUUACCAUGGAACUCUUAACGGAAGAUCAAUACAACCGUCGUAUUCCACACGCCAAGUACUACAAUUGGCGUGAGGCGGAACGUAUUGUGGCUAGUGGGAACUCCGAUGAACAAAAUAUUCAGACCUGCGUUGUUUUUGCAGGUCUGCAGUAUGGGGAAGGUGAAGAUGUCCUUGAACCCUUUUUUGCGCAGGUGUGGAAUCGUGAAAAGAAAGGACUUCCUAUUUACGGUGACGGCACACAGAUUGUGCCAACGGUGCACGUACGUGAUCUUGUGACCUUUACGCGUCGAUUGAUUGAGGCAGAGUAUCCACCUGCCCUUCCGUAUGUAUUUGCAACAGACUCCGGAACGGUGUCAUGGCAACGCAUGGUACGCGCUAUGAAUCAUGCGUUUGGUGGUGAAAAGACGUUUCAUGUGCCACCCGAAGAUUAUGUCCUUUACGACAAUGUUGAACUGUUCACGCUCAAUAUGCGUGUGGAUAACCAGACGAUGCGAGAUUUGAUGCCAGAUGAUGAAGAUUGGGUGGCGCAGUCUGGUUUUGUUGCCAACAUAGCUAAAACCGCCUCUGAGUACGUUGCUGCUCACAAUUUGCAGCCCAUUCGCAUCGUCCUGCUUGGUAAACCGCUUUCAGGAAAGACAUACCUGGCAGAAGCGUUAGCGAAGCGGCACUACAACUUGCCUACAUUUACAAUGGAACGGGUGCUGGAGGAGUAUAAAGCUUACAUUGCAGCCUUGAAAGAAAGGCUGGGGACUUUCCGGCGCCGUCUCUACGAAUUGGAGAAGAAGAGGCGAGAGGAUGCAAAGAAGCGGGUCUUUUUGCGGCACCAUACGAAGCCAGAUGACGAGGAACGAAACGAGGAGGACCAGGCAGUGGAAGAAACAGGAGAAGCAAAUAUAGGAGUUCAGCGAGAGAAUGGUGUCGACAACACCGUCGAGGCGGAUGGGGUGUCAGACGGCAAGAAACGACUACACGGUGCAGUUGGUGUCAAUGAGGAUAGUGACAUGGAGGAACAUCCAGUGGACUUUGCCUUGACUGAGGAAGAGCACCAUGCCGUGGAAGAACUUGUAGAGGAGUGGUUUCAGCAAAAUGAUCGUGCCACACAACUACGCGAGGUUAUAGCGUCGAUGGAACGAGUGCUCGCAAUGAAGGUGAGAGUUCAACCGUCAGCGAACGCUGACGCGCAGAACGCUACGAAUCCCAAAAAAAAGAAGGAACAGGCAAAGUUCAAACGUGGUAACCGUUCAGGAAGCAGAAAAAAUGCUACGGAAGAUGAUGAUGUAUCAACAGAGCUGCAAGAAAAUGCGCCGUUUCAGGACAAGACACUUGCAGUGAUGAUGCGAUGGCGUCUCUCACGUGCGGAUUGCCGUAAUCAAGGUUAUGUGAUGGAUGGCUUCCCAGAGACUUUGGCGCAAGCACGUCUUGUAUUUGGUGAAGAACCACUUGAGAUUCCAGAGACUAUUGAAGAAGCUGUUGCUGCGUUCACCCCAAAUUCCACUACCAACUUUUCAGGACCGGGAACCCGUGAGGCGAAUGUCACCCCGCUCACCAAAGAGGCGUGCAACGAAGCACGGUUGCCAUCCUUCGUUUUUGUGCUUGACGCCAGUGAAAAUUAUCUGCUUGACCGUUUAACAGCGCUUUCAAAGGCGCUGAAUGAGCCACCUGGAAGCGAGGAAAAACGUCUAGCACGCUUUGAAGAGGCAAUGACGCUGUACCGAAAGCAGUUUGUCGACACCGAUUACUCCCUCCCAGAUUUUUUUGAGUGUGCCUACACAGUGGCGAAGACGCUUACGCCUGGUGGCCGCGGUGUAACAGUGUCGUUUUUAAAUGUUGAAGCGGAACCGUUACUGUCGCCGCCCCCACCAGAGUCUCAAUACGCUGUCGCGCGGCCUAGCAACGUGGAACAGAUCGUCUGUGAACGGGUUGGAAAGCCGCACAACUUUGGACCUACACCACAUCAAAGGUACCAAGAGGAGGUGCGGCAACGCAAUCUUCAGGAGGAGGAGCGGCAAGAAGAACUUAAGGCGAGUAUGGAGCAGCGCGAACGUGAAAAGCAGGAAUACAUACAUGAAAGCGAAGAGCGCUCGCAAAUAGAAAAUACACGUCAGGAAAUUGAGGUGAUGGAUCGAAACUCAUUAGAGCAGCGAAAGCUUCCUUUGCGGGAGUACCUGCAGCACAACAUUGUGCCACUGCUAAGUAAGGGCCUUGUGGAGGUCUGCAAGACACGCCCGAAGGAUCCCGUGGACUUCCUCGCAGAGUGGCUGAUGCGCCAUAAUCCACUCGAUGAUUCUUGCUUCGAGUUGUAG